CAGUGCAAUUCACCCUCUAAAACCGAAAGGGCCCUAAUUGCAACGCAACCGCGCCUGCACAUAAGCCCAACAUCUACAGCCCAAUCACCGGCCCGGUCGGGAACGGAGGGAGUCGCCGACUCACGGGCUCUUGGACCGCCGUUGUUGGAGCCAUAUUUAAGACAUCCACCGGCCGUCUCUCUCUCAUAGCUCCCUCUCUCUCUCAAUGUCGGUUUUGAUAGUGACGAGCUUAGGAGACAUCGUUGUGGACUUGCACACGGAUCUCUGUCCAUUGACCACCAAGAACUUCUUAAAGCUCUGCAAGAUUAAAUACUACAAUGGUUGUUUAUUUCACACGGUUCAGAAGGAUUUUACUGCACAAACAGGCGAUCCUACUGGAAGAGGGGCUGGUGGAGAUUCCGUGUAUAAGUUCUUAUACGGUGACCAGGCUCGCUUUUUUGGGGAUGAAAUUCACUUGGAGUUAAAACACACUAAGAUGGGCACAGUUGCAAUGGCUAGUGCUGGAGAGAAUCUUAAUGCUUCUCAGUUCUAUAUCACUCUGCGUGACGAUCUGGACUAUCUUGAUGGGAAGCACACUGUUUUUGGGGAGGUAGCAGAAGGGCUUGAAACACUCCAGAGGAUAAAUGAAGCUUAUGUGGACGAUAAGAGCAGGCCAUACAAAAACAUACGAAUCAAACACGCAUACAUACUAGAUGAUCCUUUUGAAGAUCCUGCACAGCUAGCUGAGUUAAUUCCAGACUCUUCGCCUGAAGGGAAGCCAAAAGAUGAGGUUGAAGAAGAUGUGCGACUUGAAGAUGAUUGGGUCCCCAUGGACGAGCAAUUAAGUGCAUUGGAACUUGAGGAGGUUCUCCGAGAAAAGGGUGCACAUUCCAGUGCAGUAGUACUCGAGAGUAUAGGGGACAUUCCAGAUGCUGACAUAAAGCCUCCUGAAAAUGUGCUGUUUGUCUGUAAACUAAAUCCGGUAACUGAAGAUGAGGAUUUACAUACUAUCUUUUCACGUUUCGGAACUGUGACAUCGGCUGAAGUUAUCAGGGAUUAUAAGACUGGAGAUAGCUUAUGCUAUGCUUUCAUUGAAUUUGAAAGCACGGAGUCUUGUGAGCAAGCAUAUUUCAAGAUGGACAAUGCUUUAAUUGAUGACCGAAGGAUACACGUAGAUUUUAGUCAAAGUGUAUCAAAAUUGUGGUCCCAAUUCAGACGUGGGCAAAUGGCUAAAGGAAAAGGAUGUUUCCAAUGUGGUGCUCCAGAUCACGUUGCGAAGGACUGCACAGGGGAUACCGCCAUCAAAAGCCAACCUUCUAAAUACGCCUUAAAAGAAGAUAACAGACAACGUGGUGAAGACGAUAAUUCGAGGUUUGAUAUGGUAUUUGAUGAUGACAGUGCUAGAAGUCCUCAACGGGAAAAGAGAGGUAGCGUACACGUAGGUGAAGACCAUACUGAGAAAGUAAAAGGGGAAAGCCGAAAUGUAGAUGAGAAGUCACGCGAUAGGCAUCGUGACAGAAGUAGAGAACAUAGGGAGCAUGAAAGGAACCAUGAAAGCAGAACUGGUCAAUCUAGGAGGGACUUAGGAUAUCAUGAACAUAGAAGGGAUAGAGGAAAGUAUGUGGACAAACAUGCCAGUAGAGAUGAUGGAAGGAGAGAUGACCGGGAUUUUAGAAAGAGGAGCGCAGAUGGUGGUAGUAGCGGAGAUAGGAGGAAUGAGCAAGAUUAUAGAAAGAGAAGUUCAGAAAUUGACAGGCGGGGAGAUGGGAAGGAGGACGAAGGUGGUAAAAGAUUGAAUGGUGAUGAUAAUAGACGAGACAUGAGAGAGGAGUCAAGCUACCGAAAGAAGAGUGCAGAAAGGGAGGGUCGUAAAGACGGUAAGGAGGAACGGGAUUAUCACCCGAAGAGAAGCAGAGAAAUAGAUGAUGAUCGUGAUCGUGAUAGAAGGCACCGAGGCGAUGGAAGGAGAUGAACAUUUAGCGAUGAAUGGUUGUGAAUGAAACCAGGUGUUGGAUUUAUGUUGUACUUUUUUCUUUUGGUCGUAUGCGUUAAACUCGAAUUAAAGAGACUCCCCAUCCAUAAGAAAAUGAAGAAAGGUUUGCUGGGAAUCAGAAAUGUGUAAUGGUUUUCUAGGUUGGAUGAGUUUCUUUAUAUCUACGAGAUUAUCAAUUUUGGACUUGACUGUAUUGAGUUACCAAAUUGAAGUGUCAUACCCUACUAUCGAGGACUAGUUUUUCUGGGGA